AUGAACACCACCCCGCCAUCGCUUUGUAUGGAACGACCCUCAGGCGCGGCUCCCGCGUCACUCGCGAAGGACGCCGCCGCGUGGGUGAUGGAAGGGUUCGACGCGACGAUCGUCGCGCACGGGCAGAGCGGCACGGGGAAGUCGCACGCGCUCUUCGGCGGCGGCGGCGGGGCGUACGAGACGACCGACGCGGGCGGGGGCGUCUUGAGCGGAUGCGUCGGCGAGAUGUUCAGACGCGCGACGGCGACACGCGCGAAGCGCCGAGACGUCGCGUUCACGUUCGGGAUGUCGUCCUGGGAGAUGACCCCGAGCGGGGAGACGCGCGACCUGCUCGAGAUGACCCCGAGCGGGGAGGGCGGCUCCGAGAACAACCGCGAGCCGACGACGGUGCGCGUGACGUGCGCGGAGGAGGCGGAGGCGGCGGUGGCGGCGGCGCGGACGCGGUCGACGAACUGGACGACGCCGACGUCGUCCAGUUCUUUCGCGGGCGCGGUCGCGCGCGUGCGCUCGAACCGCGCGCACGCGUUCGUGAGAGUGACGGUGAUCGUGGACGACGGCGCGGAGACGCGCGCGUCGAGGCUGCACGUCGUCGACUUGAUGGGGUCGCGGUCCUUCCGCGGCGGCGACGCCGACGCCGGCGCGGCGGCGGCUUGGGAACGAGACCGGAAGCUCGCCGCCGCGCAGCUCCUCGCGUUCAGCCGCGUCGUCGACGAGCUCUCGAAGCGGAGAAGCGUCGUCGGCGUCGACGAGUCGCCGGUGUUGAGCGCGAGGGACAGCGCGCUGACGACGCGCUUGACGCCGCUCCUCGCGGGCGGGGCGAAAACGUUUUUCCUCGCGUGCGUGUCCCCUCUCGAGGAGGAUUACCUGGACACGCUGAACACGCUCAGGGUCGCGCAGCGCGCGGAGAAGAUAGAGGUCGCGUGCUUCAGGUCGACGACGACGACGGACGACGAGAAGAGAGACGGCGCCGACGCGACGGCGGCGUUCGUGUCUUUGCGAGACGUCGUCGCCGGCGGCGGGGAGAGUCGGCGCGCGUCGCCGUCGCCGUCGCCGUCGCCGUCGCCGCCGCCGCCGCGGUCUCCCCCUCGCGCGCGCGACGCGAACGCGCACACGGCGUCCGCGCCGAACGGCCUUCUGAGCCCGAUACGCCCGGCGAAGCUGCCGGAGGGUCUCGCCCCCGACCCGAGCGGGGAGGUAAGGAGGAGGAGGCUCGACCGUCCGUCGCCGCCGCCGCUCGAAUUCGCCGCGCCGCGGACGACGACGACGAAGACGACGACGACGACGACGGAAGGGAACGACGACGACGACGACGACGACGGCACCCCGGACUUUGGGUUCGCGAAGCCCGCGACGUCGAACGCGCUCGGGAACCGCCUCGAGGCGCUCAAGGCGGAGUUUUCGAACGUGUACGACGACGUCACGGGCGGCGGCGGCGGCGGCGGCGGCGCGGAAGAUGAGGACGACUACGACGCGUACUUCCAACCGGACGACGGCGGCGACGGCCCGGUGUACGUGCCCCCGGGAAAGGAGGGAACGACGCCGAAGUCCUUGACCAAUCGCGCGCCGGGACGCUUCCCUCUGGACGCCGCGAGCGCGGCGGCGGCGGCGGCGGCGGCGCGACGCGGCCUGGUCCCCGACGGCGACGAAGAUUUACGCAAAGAGGUCGAGGAGUCCAGGCGGCGGUACGACGCGCUUCUCGGGAUGCUCCGCGCGGAGGAGACCACGCGCGCGGACGUGGAGUCGCGCGCGCACGCCGCGGUCGCGGAUGCGAACGAGCGCGUCGUCGCCGCGGAGGCGGCGGCGGCGGACGCGAAAGCCGCGGCGACGACGGCGAAGGCUAGACUUCGCGCGGUGGAGUCGGCGAGCGAUUUCGCGGACGUUUUCGAACGCUACGACGCGGACGCGACCGCGCUGCGACGCGAGUGCGCGCGGCUCAGGGAAGAGUGCGUGGACGCGCACGUCGCCGCGGCGCUGACGUCGAGCGCGAUCGCGGAGAUGUUAUCGAACGGCGGCGGCGGCGGCGAGGGGGGGGACGUCGGGGAGGGUCUCGAGGAGUAUUUCCGCGACGGCGGCGAGAGCGACGACGACGACGGCGGCGACGGCGACGCGGAAGCGCGGCGCGGCGCGCGCGUCGUCGCCGCGAACGCGGACGUCCAGCGACGCGUCGGGUUCCUGAAAAAGUCGCUCAGACGCGCGGAGAGCGAGCGACGGAAACUCGAGGAGGAGUUCUUAGAAAUUCGGAAACGAGAGCGCGCGUUUCACGUGCACAAGCGCGGACGCGAGGACCAGAUCGCGCGGCUUCGACGCGCGGAGACGAGAGAGGCGCACGCGGAGCGAGAAGCCUCGAAGCUGCGCGCGGAGAUCGACGCCGCCGCGCGAAGGGUCGCGGAGGCGGAGCGAGUCGCCGCGGAGCGCGUGGCGUCGUGCGCGAGGAAAGACGACGAAAACGACGCCCUUCGCGAGGACCUCAAGAAGCGCAACGCGCGGAUACGACAACUCGAGCAGCGCGAACAAGAGGUGAAGCUCCUUCGGAACAGCGGGAGGUUCGACUCCGCCUUGCGCAGCGACCAUCACCUUCGCGGGUCGGCGGGCGGGUCCGGCGGAGGUCCCGCGGAUGACGCGUUGAGAGCGACGGACGAGCUUCGACGGUCGUUGCCCGCGGGGUCUUCGUCGCGGAUGGACGGGCUGUUCGACCGGCUCACGAGGGAGAUCGAGGCGAGCCUGACGACGCGGUCGUCCGAGAUGCCGCGACCGGUGCGAGGGUGGGACUCGAGCACGGGGAGAAAGGCGACGGGGACGUACGACCCUCCGGGCGCCGGUAAGACGGGCGGCGUCGGCGGCGGUGGCGGCGUCGGCGGCGUCGGCGUCCGCGGGAGCGGCCGCAGGUCGUCGCCGCUGAGGGAACGCGGGUCCUUCGCGAACGACGACAACGCGAGGAGGAGCCCGGAACGCGGCGGCGUCGAGAGGGGCGGCCCGGUCGGCGCGAGCGGCGGCGGCGGCGGCGGCGGCGCGACGCCGCCUCGUCGUCGGCCGGCGCGCGCCGUGCCGAAACAGCUGCGGCUGAUUCGACCGUCCACGGCCGGGGCCGCCCCCCCCGCGCCCGCGCUGAAGUCGAAACCGAGGUACCGCUCGCCGCCGCCGCCGUCGCGCGCGUCUCGAGAGGGCUUGGGAUCUUGGGCGGAGGCGGCGGCGGCGGGCCGUCGGGGGCCGGCGCCGGCGCCGCCGUCGCCGUCGCCGUCGCCGUCGCCGCCGAGGGGUCGCGGCGGCGGCGCGGCGGCGGCGGCGCGGGCGACGUCGAGGUCGCCGCCGGUCUCGCCCGCGCGCUCGUCCAGGGCGGGCGCGGGGUGGUAUUGA